UACUGCAAAGUCUACCAGUGUCUAGUUGGAAGUGAUCCCGCAAUCAUACGAAAAAAAUCAACAUUGACGAGUUAUUUAAAGCGGAAAAAUUACAGAACUCCAAUCACAGCUGCGUAAGGCAAGACUAUUACGGAAAAAAAUAUAACAGUCAGAAGAUGAGGGAUUAUUACAUAUCUCUCCGUAGUCGUAACCCAGUGAAGAAAAAGCCUGUUUGCCGAGGAGAUUUGAUUCUAAGUUCAGAGCCAUUCGCCCACAUCAUCAACGACCACCAUUUGUCUGAAUAUUGUGAUUACUGCUUCGUAUCACAAGAGAAGAAGUUGAUCAAACCCUGCAAAGGAUGUCGAGUGCCUUGGUACUGUAGCGAAGACUGUGUCAGACUUGGCUGGGACAUCCAUCAAUAUGAGUGUCAUAGGUUGCAGAGACUGGCGAACAACGUCCCUCCGGCCUUCGUCAGGUUACUUGCACGCAUCAUCUUCAGAUUACAGAACGGAGGCGACAAAAUAGUGGAAAAAUAUAACGAGAAAGAAGGCAGAAGGUUCAGAGACCUUAUGAAUCAUUACGCCGACGUGAAAAAUGACAAGAAAAAUCAGGAGGAUGUUGAAAGUCUCAUGUCUCAACUCGGAACAUAUAUCGGGACGCGAAACCUUCCCAACGAAUCGGAUUUCCUCGGAAUCUACGGACGAGUUCUCGUGAACCGAUUCUGCAUCUUCGACGACACGAUGCUGUCAUUUGGGUCAGGGGUCUUUCUGGCUGCGUCUAUCUUCGACCACGCCUGUCUUCCUAACUGCUACGUCUCCUUCCACGGCAGGAAGGUUCACAUCAGAUCUCUGGUUGACAUGCCGGAGCUUAACUACGAUAAGUUGCGUAUUUGCUAUAUAGACCCAGUCGCGAGCGUGGCAUCAAGAAUGGAAGAUCUCCACAACAAAUGGUACUUUUGGUGCGACUGCAAGACCUGUGCCGAUAAGGAGAGAGCCAAUAUGGAAAGUUCCAUUCUUUGCGGAAACAGAGUGUGCUCCAACCCUGUAUACAUCCCAGAAGCCUACAGUCACAAGAUCCCGUCCAUUGAAUGCCCCAAGUGCCAAGAACUUGUUGAUAAGGAGAAGAUAAAACUUUACCGACAAAUCGUGAUCUUCACCAAAUAUCAUCUGAACAGAAUGAGUGAAGAAAGUCCUAACUUAACAGAGUGCCUGGAGAUCUUAGAAAGACAAGGUGACGAACUGCAUCCGCUGAACGUCUGGAGAGUGAGGACUCUGGACUUCGCUUUUAACGCUGCUGUCCACAAUGGAUGUUGGGCUUUGGCUCUCGACUACGGAGACAAGAACUAUGAGGGCAUGAGGUACUACUAUGGAGAAAACAACCCAACCUUCGCCCUGUUUUUAUUCAAAUAUGGGAAAGCGAAGAUCUACCUGAAAGACUUUUCUGAGGGCGUCAAACUUUUGGACAAAGCAGAGCCCAUUCUCAAAGCGGGACUUGGACCCAUGCAUCCUGUAGUCGUCGACCAGCUCAUUCCGACAAAUUUACUGGCGAACGAGGACAUCAACAUUUGUUUACAACGAAGGAUGGCGAUCCUCAAGAAGCAGGAAGCGAGGAAAGGAAAGCCCGUUAGCCAAGCUGCUUAGCCAAACUAACAACAAAACAAAAGGAAAUCCUCGAGCAGCUUGAUGAACAUGGUAGCGUAAGUCUGUGAACAGACUGAACAUUAAAAAUGCUUUUACCAGUAAAAGGAAACUUUCGGUAUUUUAAGGCAGACUUCCUUAAGGUGGCCUCACACUAGGCGUUUUUUUCUCCAGCUUCGAGCCGUUGCUGGCGAAAAUGAAAAGCCAGGAGCUUUUAGCUCGAGAUUUUAGCUUCCCGACAGAACGGGAAGCAGCCAGCACGAGCCAUGAGCCACAGCGUAGUGUAAACAAACAAGGUGGCUGCUGCUGAUAGGACAUACUCUCAGACCUUUGGCUUCUCUUCUCCUGAGCCACUCUCGAACUGUUCAGUUUUGUUUACUUUUUCCUACAGCUCCUCGAAACCACGAGUUCCAAGUGUGACGAUACAACACUUUUGCUCGCAAGCAUCGGCUGGAUGCUGGCCUAAACCAUGAGCAUUACUAACUUAAGUAGUGAAAUCCA